UUAUUUUAGGUUGCACUCUAUGGUUUCCUCGUUGAUUUCAAACACAGGUCCAGUCUUCAGAAAACGUUUACAUUUGAAUUACUGAGAUAAAUUCAAAAAUCACAAAAUGGACUAUAACGAAAAAAGGAAGAUAAAACAGCUUAUGAAAGAGAAAGUGGCAGGAAAGGAAGGAACCAUGGAGUGGAUGUACAAACAAAGUAAACCUGAGAAUGAAGACUACCUGCUUGGAAAACGUGUGGACAAACACAUUGAAGAGGCAGUGGAAACAGUUAAAGAUGAUGACAUUGCUUUAUUUAAUGAGAGAAUUAAAGCCAAUAUUCAACUUGAUAUGCAAAACAAGGCACGAGAGGAUCCAUUGUUUGCUAUCAGAAAGCGGGAAGAGGAUGCCAAGAAAAAACUUCUCGAAAAUCCUGUGAGAAUGAAACAGUUGCAAAAAAAUUUGGAAAAGCAGAAAAAGAAAGCAAAAAAGAAGCAAAAAAGCAUUUCUGAUGAUUCUGAUGAUGAUCUAAUGAAAAAGUACCUAAACAUUCUCAAUAAGAAGCAAGGAGGGUCUGAGAGAACAGAUAAACAAAAAGGAAAACACAGAGAAGAUCAUGAGCUACAGAAGCAUUCUAGACAUCAAAACGAUUCUGAACAUCACAGGGACUCUAGGUCUCAGAAAAAAUACAAAAAGAAAGAAAGUGAUGACUUGGAUGAUGACGACAGACAAAGAUCAAGCAGCUCACAUCAAAAUAGGGACUCUUAUGACAGACAUCACUCCUCAAAAGGGGAUAGAUACAGAGAUUCAGCUGACCAUGGCAGAACAAGUAGUAGAGAUUUCUCAGGAAGGUCAGGACAUAGAUAUGAUGGGUAUGAUAGGAGGAGGGAUCAAGACCGAAGACGAGGGAAUGAUCCUAGAGAUGACAGUGAUCCAGAUCAGAAUCAUCAUAGAAGACCGUCAGGCAGACAAAGCAAUAGAGAACGACUAGAUUCAUCAGACAGUGAAACAGAGAGUAGAAACAAGAGAGUGGGAAGAGACAGCUACCGGUCAGAGAGGAGAUCAAAAUCUAAUGAGGGAACUAGUGAAAGAGGUAAACAAAGUGUUAGACAGAGGAGACAGGACUCCUCGGACUCGGAGUCUGCAGCCAGAGACAAAUCUCAGGGGAAACAAUCCAGGAAAGGAAGGAGACGAAGUAGUUCUUCAGACAGUGAAGCAGUUAAAAAACUUAAGCAUAGUAGAGAUUCCAAUAGAACAAGUAAAUCAAAAAGACAAGACUCCUCUGACAGUGAAUCAGAGUCUGGUGGGGCCAACAAAAAGAAUAGUGAGAGGAAACGUGUAUCACACCAACAAAGGCAUGAUUCUUCAGAAUCUGAAGACAGUCCACCAGCAAAGAGGAACAAGCCACUGAACAAGAGGACAGAGAGUUCCAGUAGCUCAAGUUCAGGCAGCGAGAGUGAAACUGAAAGGAAACCCAUCAAACAGUAUGGACUCAUUAAGUUAAAAACCAAUGACCCACCUAAAGGAAACACCAAAUCUCCUGAUCAAGGAAAGAGGGAUGAAAUAAAGAAAUCUAGAUCACCAGACAGAAAAACUGAAAAGUAUUCCAGAUCAGAAAAAAGGUCACGGUCACCAAGGCAACGAACAAGAUCUCCAAGAUCAAAGUCAGGGCUCAAGACUCAGAGGGGCAGAAGUAGAUCCCCAGUGAAAAGGAAGCUGACAGAUGAGGAGAAGAAAAAACGAUUGGAGGAGAUGAUGCAGAAUGCUCAGUGGAGGGAGGACCAGCGUAAAUCUAAUGUAAAGAGGUAUACGGAGGAGGACAGAAAGGAGGAAGAGGCCCUGAGGAGUAAACAGGAGGCAGAGUUCCUCAAUCCUUUGAUGUCAAAUCAUGCAGAGAAGAGCUCUGUUGAAGACAGGCUUAAAAGGAACAAGUACAAGCUACAGAGAGGGUCCGGUGACAUGGACAGGGGAUUUCUGAAAAAGUGAUGCAAUCAACAGUGGAAGUCAUUACAUGUCUACGUUUUUGUAGAUUGAUUUUCAGUCUCAUGGGAAUUGUCAUAUUUCAACAUUCAUUGAAUUACCAUAAAUUAUAGAUUUUUAAUUACCAUAUUGUAUGUACAUAUUAAAUAUUGUCAUUAAAAUACAUUUACAUUUA